ACUUGUAAGUAGUAAGGCAACAAGUUUUGUGUAGUUGAAAACUGUUAAGUGAAGAUUGUUAGUGAGAUCCAUUCGAGAUGGCUCUGAAGGUGGUGGUGUUGAUGAUGACAGUAAUGGUUCUGUUCUCUCUAGCAACAAUGCCUGCUCCAAUUGCUGCUACUAGAGUAGAUGUUGCUAAGCUUCUCUCAGUCAUUGACAUACCAACUGGGAGGAAGAGGGGGGACAGUAGCUGGUGCGAUGGCUGUGCCUGCACAAAAUCAAUUCCUCCUUACUGCUCCUGUACUGAUACUUCUUACUGCUCCCUAUGCGUCUGCUACGUGACUGUUUCUACUGAGCUUCAGCCAUUUUGCGAGACUCUAGCUUCCAAAUUCGAGGACUAUUGUCUUGCCACUGUCACUACUUCUGCUGAGAGAACCCUAGCCAGGGUCCCCUGAGCUCUCGGCACCACCUAGCUGCUACCAUCAAAUAGUACUCUCCUCCAGCUACUAUGUUCUGAACUAUGAUCGUGGUUCAACUCAAUUACGCACUGUUAGUAUGUUUGUAUGAGGCUCCUGCUACUGCAGGGUCUUUGUGUGGUUUAUAUGUCUUAUUUGCUAUGCCUCAAUUGUUUCAUCUUCAUGAGAUUGUAACAAGUGGGUGUUAGCAAAAUUUGCUUAGUGAUAAUAAAGAGGAGAUUUUGUUAUUACUA